GAGGAUGAUCCGUUAUUUGCAAACCCGGAGGAUGCGCAGUCCAUCUUCCAGCCGGCGCUGAGCCCGGCUGCUACCAGACUGACAUCGCCCAAAACGCCAGCAGCUGAGAAGGCAGCGGCAAUGGAGAAACUGCCUGGCGGUGGAAUUUUUGGUGCUUUCGAAGGUACAGCGGUAUCUAACGGGGCUACGGGAGCACUUCCGCGAAAACUGGUGAAGCAGGCACCAAAUCGCCAAAACCGCGGGCUAUCGCUUUGUGAAGUGCCUCCACGAUAUGUAUCUCUGCCCAAACUUCCCUCACCGUGGCAGUCCGGUGCGAAGGAUAUCAUAGUGCAGAAUGAUCGCACGUCCAGACCGGCGCUAUCAGGUGUGUUCGGAGGAACUAGACAUAGCAGGUCUUCCUCGGGAGGCGCUGAAGCGUUCAGGAAGCUUAAGGACGCAUUACCAAACAUCACACUUCCAACCAAUCUUUGGUCAAGUCUGCGGUCUCCCUCGUUCCUCUCUGACGGCUCAUCGCAGAAGAGCCCAGGUCUGGAAGCUAAGCAAACAUCGACUAACGGCAGUAUCGGGUCCCCCCAGGUUUCAUCGUAUGAUGGGAUCCGGGACAGAGAUGGUCACCUGGCGGAGGGGUUUGGGGAAUCUUCACUGCGGACGCCAUCUACUAGCCUGAACAGACCUAGAGCGAUCAGAAGGUCGACGUCUGAUGAUUCGAUGCUUUAUCACUCCUUGUCACGCGUGUCCUCGCUAGGAGAUGAUGACAGGUGGGGAGACGUCACCGAAAUGGCCAACGUCAGAUUUAAGGCCAUCAAGGAGAGUUUCGACAAGCCAUCAUUCAAGCUACCACAGUUUCCACAUGCUCUCAAGAAACAUUCGCUUUUAAGCUCGUCACCACCGCAUGAGAAGAACCCCAUAGGCUCACCAACCCUGAAUAACUCAGGAUCCUUUCAUAAAGACCCCUAUCCUGAGCUUGGUCAGGCCUUGGAGACGCUCACGGGCGAUAUAGUAGUAAUGGGUGGGUACAGGGGCUCCAUUUUACGGUCUACAAAAACAAACCGUCAAGUUUGGGUUCCUGUCAAAGUCGGGCUAAACAUCCGAAAGGUCAACCUCGAAGUUGGCCUAGAGCCCGAAGAUGAAGAGAGAAUGGAAGAGACCAUAUACCCAUCAGGUAUGCUUACGAAUAUUGGGCCAGUGGAUAUAUCAAGACGUUUGUUCAAAAGGCUAAGAGAAUGCGAAAAUGCCAAGAGCGGCAGACUAAGAGUGUGGGACUAUGGUUGGGAUUGGCGGUUGAGCCCACAUAUCCUAAGCAGAAAGUUGAUUGCGUUUCUGGAGUCAUUACCUUGUAACCAGCCUGGCAAUUCGGAAGAUAGGGGCGCUACCGUCAUCGCGCACAGCCUUGGCGGCAUGAUCACUCGGCACGCGAUAAAUCAACGACCUGAUCUCUUCGCUGGUGUGGUUUUUGCAGGAACGCCACAAAGAUGCAUCAACAUCCUUGGCCCAAUUCGAAACGGAGAUGCAGUCUUAUUGAACGAAAAGGUGCUUACAGCACAAGUCAAUUUUUCACUUCGGACAAGCUUUGCAUUCUUACCCGAAGACGGGUUUUGCUUUGUCAACAAGAACACGGGUGAGAAUUUCCCUAUAGACUUUUACGACGCAGAAGAAUGGGCGAAGCAUGCACUUUCUCCUUGCGUUGGCCCUACUUUACCGGCAUAUAACAUUCGACAAAGUGCGCUGGGCUCGCUACGUAGCUUCUCUGCCAGCUUUCCUAGUCUACCAACGAGAAGUCGCGGCAACAGUACUGCUAGUGACUUAGACACAAAAUCAACAACGAGGUAUGGUGCAGCAGAUGCUGCUCGGCAGGUAGAAGUCAAGAACGAUCAUACUUUGGCUCCACAGAUGGGCAGUCGGCCAGGAGGCUCGGGAGCUGCUCAGCAGCAACAGGCUGCCCCGAAGACCUUCAACGAGCAAGAACGGUACAUGAAAUACUUAAAACGCACGUUGUCUGACACGAAGCGUUUUCGGGCGGAGCUGCAUCAUCGGGCAGAGUUGACCGAGUCAAAUAUGUAUCCACCAAUGGCUGUGAUAUAUGGCAAGGAGAUUCCUACAGUGUAUGCAGCACAUGUCACAAAUCGUGACCAGAUCCCCUGCGCUGACGCGUAUGACGAUCUCCUAUUCAGGAGUGGCGAUGGCGUGGUGCUUUCUCGCGAGGCUAUGUUACCACCAGGGUACGAUGUAGUCAAAGACGGCCGUAUUAGUACUGAUCGUGGCCAUAUAACAAUGCUCGGUGAUAUGCAGGUUGUAGGAAGAGCACUCCAGGCAGUGUUAAGGGGACGGCAAAAAGGCAUUGGGUUGGGUACUCCGACG